AUGGAAUUGCAAGAAUUACAAACCAAUGCCAAAACCAACGAACGGUUCAAGUCGGGCGAUAACUUGGAAAUUCUGAAUCUUCAGGAUGAAAACUAUCAAUAUCUGUAUUCUGACGGCAACGCUGUUCAUCUACUGCAACCUGAAUCGUUUGAAACCAUUGAAAUGUCAGCCGAUGCUUGUGAAGGUGGCGACCGUGCUUUAAGUUUCCUGGAAGAUGGUAUGCCUAUUGCUGUCAGUUUUCUGACGACGCCUGAGCAUGGACGUAAACCAUACACAUUUAAAUUACCGCCGAAUCAUACAUUCACGGUUGCGUCGGUGACCGAACGGGGUGGACAGGCUGCCAAGGGCACCGUGUUCAAGAAUGCUACCUUGGAGAACGGAGCUAAUGUCCAAGUCCCCGAAUUUGUGAACGCCGGUGAUAAAAUCAUCUUGGAUCUAGAGACGAUGAAAUACAUGAAGCGAGACCUUGCCAAAUAA